AUGGGAAUCAAUUCCUCGGAACGCGAUGAAAAAUACGAGGUAAACCGAUGGAUUGAAGGGAGUGGUGUGUGUGAGAGAGAGAGAGUCGGUGAACGAAAAGGACACACGCGAGUCUGUGUGUCUGCAGUUCGCAUCAUCAAUCAGCUCGGCAAGAGAUGGACGCUCACGCGGACCGCUACAACAGCAGCAGCAGCAGAAUUCUGCCCACUCGCCCACUGGCCGCAUCCGUACAGUGUUGGUCGGACUCGGCGGGGAGGAGUGUUACACACUCUCACAAACACGAAAAUACGAAUUGGGUUCGAAUUUAAAAAUCGUCGCUCGUGA